AUGGAAGAACAUCCCCGCCACCACUUCGACCUAAGCCCUCUCUUCGUCGGCCUGAUCGGAAUCCUCUGCGGCGCAAUUCUCGUCGCAACAUUCCACUGCUUAGCCGUCGGCUGCUGUGGCCGGAGGCCGCAGACAAACAGGCCCCACCGUAACACCAGCCAGGACUCCGCCGCCGGCAGAGGCGGCGCCGCCUCGAGCAGAAGCUCACCGGAUCAGGUGAUCAAACUGUACCGAUACUCGAUUGAAAUGGGGAUAGGAGGCGACUGUGCUGUCUGCUUGAGCGAGUUCACAGAAGGGGAAGAGGUUCAAGUCUUGCCGGAGUGUGGCCACUCGUUUCACGCCCGCUGUAUCAAUUUGUGGCUCCGGUCGAACCCCAGUUGCCCGCUUUGCAGGGCCGGGACGACGCCUCCUCCGCCGUACCAUGUGGCGAUGGCGCUGCGGGAUUCUGCCGUUGUCCCGCCAACGGAUUAUGGUGGCUCUUAA